AGCAAAUCAAAAUGUUCAAGCUUUUCGUUUUCUUGGCUUUGGUGGCGUUCGCCCUUGCCUUGCCACAACCCGAGGCUCAACCCCAGGUUGUUUACUCCCAUCACCCUUACUCUCAUGUUGGCUACAGCGGUUAUUACGGUCACGUUUCCCCUUACGCUGGACAUUAUUUCUACUGAGGAUAUAAAACGAAGUUUGCGCAAAAAUAAUAAUUGUAAUAUGUAAAAAUUGUAAAAAUAAAGUAUUGUUUGGCAAUGAUCCCAA